AUGUCAGCAGUAAUUAGAAGUUAUACCAGGCAGCUGUGCGCGGUUCGUUCCCUGCCUGGGGACAGCCGUACCCACAGUGCUGGGCGCCUCUGCAUUCACAGCAAGGGUGACCACCUGCCUGCUUCCCACGUUGGGGGGCACAGGUACAGCAGCGUUCCCCAGCGGGUCCAGUCGCCCAGCCUGUCCCCCCGUAAAAAAUCAGCAGGAGAUGUCACCUUUUCUGCAUAUGCUACUGAACGAAGGAAGACAUUUCUACCCACCUUUCAGCCUCAUUGUCCAACAAACCGAGCAGGAAAAUUGGUAGCAGCGUACGUUGCCAGCAAGCAGCGUGUAAGUGCGGGAAGAAGUAACUCGCUGGUUUACAGACCGCGCGGUCCCACACUCAGUCCCGCUGCCCCAGCAGGGACAGACUUCACGGAGAUGUUUGAGGGCGGCUCAGUAAAACGGCCACACGCCCUCUGCCACACGACAGGAGCUAUUCGAACUUUAUUUUUCCCCACAUGUAGUUCACCACAGCGGCGGCAGUUACAGCACCGGAAAGCCACGAAGAAAACUGACAAACCCAGGCCAGAGGAGAAGGAUGACCUAGAUAUAACAGAGAUGACUAAUGAAGAUCUUCAAGAGCAGCUUGUGAAGUAUGGACUAAAUCCUGGCCCAAUUGUAGCUACUACUAGGAAACUUUAUGAGAAAAAACUAUUGAAAUUGAUGGAGCAAGGUCUGGAACCGAAGGCACCUGUGCCUCUCCCAGCUCUUUCUUCAACUGCUGAGAACACCAGACAGAAUGGAAAUAAUGAUUCUGACCAGUACAGUGACAAUGAAGAAGAUCCGAAGACUGAGCUGAGGCUUGAGAAGAGAGAACCAUUGAAAGCCAGGACGAAGACUCCAGUAGCACUCAAACAAAGAAGAGUUGUUGAACACAACCAGACCUAUUCUCAAGAUGGAGUUACUGAGACUGUCUGGACAAGUGGAUCUUCAAAAAGUGGACCUCUGCAGGCAUUUUCUAGGGAGUCUACAAGAGUGUCAAGAAGAACACCAAGGAGAAGGGUGGAAGCUACAGCACAGUUGCCUGUAGAUGAUGCUGUAAUAACAGAGAGUACUCCUAUAGCUGAAACUAUAUUGACUGCAAGCAACGAGACCCUAGUUGUCAAUAGGGUGCCUGGAAAUUUCAAGCAUGCAGCUCCUACACUGUCAAUCAGUGAACUGUCAGACAUGCCCAGAAGAACACCAAAGAAACCACUGAUGACAGCUGAACAAGAAGAGACCGAUUGCCCACAUCAUUGCUUUUUUAAUCAUGUUGGCCCCAACCAAUCCUGUGAUCUGCUCAACACAGCCAUGAUAGAGGUGCUGGAGAGAACUCAUACAGAAGAACGAAGAGUAGAAAGGGAUAUUCUUAAGGAAAUGUUCCCUUAUGAAGUAUCAACGCCUACAGGAAUUAGUGCUAGCUGCCGUAGACCAAUCAAAGGAGCUGCUAGCCGGCCUAUAGAACACAGUGACUUCAGAAUGGAGGAUAUUUUCUCUAAGUAUGCUCCAAAAUAUGGUACCUCAACUGACAUCAGGUCGGAGAAACCACCAACAAAAAAAGAACGCUCUGUUCCCCUGUGGAUAAAAAUUCUUCUCUUUGUUGUUGUUUCGGUCUUCUUGUUUCUGGUUUAUCAGUCUAUGGAAACUAAUCAAGGAAAUCCUUUCUCUAAAUAUAUGAGUAUUGUCUCUCGGGACAGUGCUAAGUGAGUAUCUUUCUGAAAGGCACACCCGAUUGAUCUCCUAUUUUUAAUUGUAGAGAACUCUCUUCUGCCCUCUCAUCGGCUCAAGGACUUCUUACAAAUAAUGUGAUUGGAACCUGAUAAAUUGGAUAAAUGAAGCAAGAUAAUAUUUGGACAUCAGUAACUUUCUGGACUUUGGACUAGUAGGAGAUCACUUUGCCAUAGGAGUAACAUUUUUUUAGACCUUUGAACUUUUUGUAGGCUUUAUUUUUUUAAUGUGGACAUCCUUUAAAUUCAUUUUUGAGAAACUGUAUAUUUGUUUUUGCAAGAACUUGGAAGCUGAGAAGGGCAAAAAUGUAGUAAAAUGUGAAGCUGUGUUUUUUAAAGCUGUUCCUUUGUACAGAAAAUAAGUUGUACUUGUAUCUCUAUAGGUAGUUGCAGAGGAGGAUUUUAAUACAGGUGAUAAAGGGAAAUGCAUUUUUGUAUGCAUUUUUUUCGGUAGCAAUGUAACUGAAUUUGAUCUCUUAGAUGUAGGGAGAGUACAACGACAACCUUUUCUGUAGAUUACUGUAACUUUUUAGUAAAUGUAACUGUAAACCUGUUUGCGUUUCUGUAAAAGUCUUAGUAUCACAUUAGUAACUCUGUUUAAGUGUAACAUCAUUUAAAUGUAUCUCUUCAUUUUAGUGCUUACAGUGUUGUAGGAGCUGAAUACAAAUCUAAUUGGCAAGAGAUGUCUUAGAAGAACUUAUUUAUUAGUAAUAUGUGUGGAAAAUAAAAAUUGCAUCAAUAUAAUUUGCUACUAAAAUACUUUUUUAGGUCAAGGUUCAUAUCUGAGGUAGUCUAAAUUCUGACUUUAGCAUUGGUCUUUUUUUCUUUUUUUAAAAAGCAAGGUCUUUCCAACACAGCUUUAUGUAAUUAUCUUUGAAUACUCAUGUAGAGAUGUUUUCUCGAAGUGUGAAAAUUCCAUAUGAAGUUUUAUUCUUGUAUGAAGAGGGCAUUGCUGCAUUUUCUGCUACAGUUUCAUCUUCUAAGGUGAGAGUUACUACUUUCAUGCAGUUAAAUAUUUUUCUCAGUGGAAGCAUGUGGAAACACUUUAUAUUGUGUAACCUAGUUGAGCAGGCAGCUGACUUCAGUACUACCAGUGAAGAGUGAUAAGCAACAGUUUUUUAAAGUGAAUGUAUACAUUUUGGUGUGCUUAAAUCUGCAACAUACAGAUGUUCAGUCUUACUGCUUGGUACAAAAUCGCAAUAAAUCAUACUACUUAUUCUUAAAGUGCUACUUAUAAAAAGCUGAGAACAUUAGUUAAUAGUCAAUAUUUUUUACUGUAGGUACAGUUAUUGUGUAGGCUAUAGCUAUGGGGAGGCUUUACUUUGUGAACUUUGGGACAAACAUGGUAAUUUGUAGCAAAGCCAUAGUGUUUUUUUUCUGUUAAGAUUAAUUUUUUUCCUUUUUAAUAUGCUUUUUUGAGUAAUACAAAUAGCUAAACUUGUGUCCAUCCUGUAGAAAAUUGUAACAUAAGACAUUCACUUUUAGUGUCAAAAUGCUGAAAAAUAAAAAUGAUUUUAAUGUGUGUGGAUUUUCCUUAUCAAAAUAAAUGCGUUGCUGAAAAGCAGCAAAAGCAAGAUAA